AUGCCGCAUAUGAACGGCACACACCGUAGUCUGAGGUGGCGCUGUGAGACCGUCGGAUGGCCAACCUUCAGGUGGCUCUGGGAACGAGAUCGGCUGUCUGCUUCCAACAUGGCGGAGGGAGGUGACACGAUUUUCGGGAAAAUCAUCAGGAAAGAGAUCCCUUCUGAUAUUCUAUACGAAGACGAUCAGUGCCUGGCGUUCAGGGACAUUAACCCUCAGGCUCCCGUGCACUUCCUGGUCAUCCCCAAGAAGCCGAUCCCACAACUGUCCAAGGCUGAAGAUGGUGAUGAACAGCUGUUAGGUCACCUCAUGAUUGUAGCGAAGAAGGUUGCGGAAAAGGAGGGGCUGGCCGCGACCGGUUACCGUGUGACCGCGAACGACGGGAAGAAUGGCGGGCAGGAGGUGUUCCACAUCCACCUGCACGUGAUGGGGGGACGCCAGAUGGGCUGGCCACCGGGCUAGACACAAAGGAUCCUGGGAGCAGCAAAGGACUCUGGGAGCUGCAAAGGCUGCUGGGACUUUGCUAAUCGUCUUGUGUCAUCUUUAGUGGAGCUACCCUAAUUUGCAAUAACUCCAAAAAUCUGCCAUAUGCCAGUAGCUAAAAAGAACAAUUGUGAAAAUUUCUUAGAUAUAGAGCUAGAUGAAAGAGCUACUUUCACAUUAUUGCUGACUUCUUUCCUUGGCAUGGUUAGAAACAGGAUCUGUACUAGCUGCAAUGUUAGUAAUGAACAAUUAUGUCAAUUUAAUGUAUUUCUUUAGGUCUGGUUGCAAAAGGUGAAAUAAGAGCACUAAUGAAAUGUAAAACAUCAAAUUUUGCAUGAUGGUAGUAGAAAUUUCCUGCGUUUUGAUGAAUACUUGCAAAAGGGAGAAUGGCUAUGGAAAUAAAGAUGAUGUCAUCA